AUGCCGACCACGAUCAACUUGAGCGAGGAGUACAGGGAGGUCAUCCGGACGCAGUCCUACGAGGAAGUCUACGCCCAGAUUCACCGCCACUUGCGGCAGUGCAUUGCCCACUCCUACGCCUCCUCACCCCCGCAGCCGCAGGAAGACGAGAACUUCACAACCGCGCGUACCGCCCCUCAGACCUUGAGGCCCACUUCUUCUCCCGUUUCUUCCCUCUCAUCACCUUUCUUUUGUUACUCCUCUCUCCCGCAACACCUUCUGGAGCCCCACGACCAAGAGGCCCUCUUGGCCUCGGUGCACGACCCCGAUCUCCAUGGCCUUUUCAUCGACUAUUUCAACGCCAGCUUGGAGGCCUGCAACAUCUGCGGCACUCUCCUCUGGUCCAUCGAGCAGCUCCGCCGCGACCACGGUAGCGUGCAGAGGCUGUUCAACCACGUCGUCGACAGGGCUGACCUCGCCUCCUACGUCGAGCUGCAGAAUCCGCUGUUCGCCCUGAAGACCGUGCAUUUCGACCGCAUCCAUGGCCUAUACCAGUCGCUCAUCCGGCGGCUCACGCUCGCUCGCGACAGAAUCCUGAGGAGGGCGCAGCUCCUUCGACUCGUCAAGAAGGCGUCGGGUUUCGCCUUGGUGGCGGCGUGUGGCGCACUGGCAACCGCCGUCCUGGUGCUGGCGGCGCAGGCGGCCGUGGUCCUGGUGGUGGCCGGAGUGCCGGCCAUGGUAUUCCCGUUCUCGGCUUGGGUGCGGCGGAGGACACGACCGUGGCGGGCCCACCGGCUUGUGCGGCUGGCAGCGCAGCUGGACUCGGCGGCCCGGGGGGCGUAUAUCAUGAGCCGAGACAUGGAGACGAUCAGCAGGAUGGUGACGCGGCUGCACGACGAGGUGGAGCACGAGAAGGGCGUACUCAGACUGUUCCUUCGGAGAAGAGAGCGCUUCGUGCAGGUGGAAGCCGCAGAGGGGAGUGGCGGUGGCGGCGGAGGGCUUGCACAGCAGCUGGAGGAGCUCGAGGAGCACGUCUACUGGUGUCUGCUCACCAUCAAACGGACUAGGGGGCUCGUCGCACAGGAAGUAAUUGACGGUGCAUCUCCGCCGCGGACGGUCCCUGGGAGGCCGAGUCGUUAG